GCCCGGCCGCCUGCUGCCGCGUAGCGCGCUCACUCUCCUCUGCGAGUUUGACAGGAGUUCCGACGGGGCUUUUUUCGCCGCAGGUCCGUGGAGGAGGGAGCAGCCGCCCACGCCGCCAACUCCAGCCCGGGCUUCUCUCGCCUGGAUCACUCCCCCGCCCACUCGCCAGAGAAGCAAGGAAGCCGACCCGGACCUGGCGACCAGCCCUCCUCGGAGCAUGUCGGAGCCCGGAGCCCAGACAACGGCGGCGGACAAGGAGUCCUCCAACCUGGUGCUCUUUGCCAUUUUUGCCUUUGGAGCCUGUGGUUCUUUCAGUGCAGAAACCGGGGCCACUGUGAAAUGCAACAAGGCCCCUAAAGAGACAUCUGCUAUUACUGUGCAGUUUGGAUAUCCUUUCAGGUUGUAUAAGAUCCCAUUUGAUAUGCCAGAUUGUAUUGAAGGAUCGACUGCUAAAAGAGUGCUGCAUCUCAUGGGAGACUUUUCUGCACCAGCUGAAUUCUUUGUGACCUUGGGUGUUUUUUCUUUUCUUUAUACUAUGGCAGCUCUUGUAAUAUAUCUACGAUUUCACUCCCUCUAUAAUGAGAAUAAGAGGCUACCUUUUGCGGACUUCUGCGUGACUGUGUCAUUUACCUUUUUUUGGCUAGUGGCAUUUUCAGCUUGGGGCAAGGGUCUGUCAGAUGUGAAAGGAGCUACACGGCCUUCCAGCCUCAUUGCAGCCAUGUCAGUGUGUCAACUCAAAAGCGCAGUGUGCAACGCUGGGGCCACCCCUUCUAUGGGUUUGGCCAACAUCUCUGUGCUGUUUGGUUUUGUCAACUUUAUACUUUGGGCUGGAAACUGCUGGUUUGUUUUUAAAGAAACCCCUUGGCAUGCACAGACCACCAACAAGGAAAGCUCUGCUGAACAAGGAGCUGUUGAUAAGCAAUAAGGAAACCCCACCCCAUUGAAGCCUUCUUCCCUCCACCCCCACAAAUCAAGAACAUGCAGUCCCUUUGCUCAUCCCAUUGUAACCCAUUGUGCAGGAAAUAUUGUCUUCUCUGCCAUCUUUGCUACUGUUCAGCAGUCAUAUCGGCUUCCCUUUGUGACUGAUAUGGGAUGCCUUUCUCCAGCUGCGAUCAUUGGUCCUCUUGUGGUCGUAGACAUACCGACUGUUCAUAGUUACAACAAAACUCUUCUUUGUCUGGAUUUUUUUUUUAUAAACAUACGCUACUGUACAUUUUCACGUUAGUCACCUAUCUUAGAAUGUAUGGCAAUGUGUCUUUACUGAUGGUUUUCACCAUUUUUUAAAGAACAAAGCAAGUAGAGUUGAAUAAAAACAGAGAGAAAACCCAAUCAUUAAAACCACAGAAUUUGAGACAUCUAAGUGCCUUAGAGAGAAAAUACAUUUACUUUGUAGCUAUAAUAGAUGUGGAAACAGUAACGUGCCACUCUGCUGAUCAGCAAAAUAAAAUAAAAACAAAAUAAUAUUUUACCUUUAAUAUAUUUGAAGGUAGGAAGGAGUGUGUUACAUUUCUCCUUUUGUAUUACAGAGUAUAUAUAUUCUAAACAUAUUUCUGUUUCCCUUAAAUAUAAUUGGAUUACAACUAAAGAUACUGUUUGCACGCAGGUGUCUUGUUCAGGCCUGCAUGGCAAAGACUGAGUAGGGUUUUAUUAACAAACUGAAAUAAGAGAAAGUCCUCUUUGUCCAUGUUGAGCCACAAAGGAUAAUCCUUGCCAAUGUGAGCUGUUAGCAGUUGCUGGUUUUGCUAUCCCUAUAUUGCAUGCACAUAGUGUCAGAAAAAUAUUGCCCGUACAGAAGUAGCAUUAGUGGAAUACUUCUAGCACUCUAGAAUUUGAAAUCUGGGCAUCUGUUUCAAAAUCUUCCUGAAAUUUUGUUUUAUUUUAAAAUAUUUCACCAUAUGAACUUCUUUGAGUAGUUUAACCUUCUAAGGUUAAGGCAGCCCAAGCUUGGCUGAGAAACAUGCAGAGCACAGAUGGAAUUUUUUAUAACUUGUUAUAUUGUUCAGAAUCUUUGUGGUUAGUGACUUAGCAAUGGCCUUUAAAUCCUCUGUAAUGGAAGCUGCUAACUCUUCAGUUUUGGGGUUGAAUAUCAGUGGAUUCAUAUAUACUUGUUCAUAUCUCAAAUUUAACUUCCAUGUGGCUGCAAUUAGCAACAGAAUUUGAUGGUGACACGAGCCACCCUAAUCACCCAAGUUGCUAUGGGAAUUCUUAAGGAAGCUUUUAGCAUCUCUGGAAGUCUCUUUGGCAGAGGAUGAGACUGCCAGAAAUUAAGAGUAGUAUAAUAUUAAAUCUACCUUUUUCUUCCCCCCAUCUUUUUCAUUAGAAACAACUUGCUACUGAGAAUAUCAGCUAUGAAAUGCAGGAACUCUCUUGGUGUUAUUGUUUCUUUUCUUUUUCCUACUGAUAAUGUCAUUGAAAAAUAAAUGGGGCUGAUCCACCCCACCCCUCAAUGCUUAAAUCUCUGUGCUUCCAUAUAUAUCUAAUCUUAAAUGGGGGGAUAGCUUUUAGGAAGGUGGGGGAUGCCCUAGUAUGGAAGGAUGAGUACUUUCUCUGUUAUUAAAUCUCUUACAUCAGACUUGGUUUGGUCUUGGACUUUCUCUUAUUCCACCUCUUCUUUUAUCAGCAAAGGGAGAAGAAAUCUUAAUAUUACUAAUAUUGGUGCUUCAUUAGGUGUGGGACCUUCAUGUUAAGCAGGCCUCCUUUGUAUUUUUUGUAAAUGUUCUUUUCUUUCUGAAUUUUUAUUACUGGUACUUCUGCACCACUGUAAUAGUCUUUAGGAAAUCCUGUGACAUUUUGGCAUUGAAACUACAAAUAUGUAGUCACCUUCUGGUCCUGCGGUGUCCAUGUUUUUUAUAAGGGCUACUAUAAACCAAAAAGAAAACUGUUUGACUAUCUUUUUAGAAUGAGUUUUUCUGGUAGUCAAUCAUUAUGCGUGCUUCUAUCAACAAAUUAGUCCAUACCUAAGAAAUAGCUUCUAGCCAAUAGUGUGUUUACAUAAUCACCCAUUUCAAGGAGUUCUACAAUAUUUUUUUUCUGAAACACUGAACCUACAAAUGUAAUUAGAUAUGUGUAUCUUUCAUCUUGUAUAUACCUUUGAUUCUUCCUUCUGUAUCUUACAGGAUUACUUGGUACCUUUGCAAAGAUUUGUCCGAGAUCCUCAAUUAAUAAAAAUCAGUGUCACAAUACUAUGUGCUACCACUUUAUACCAGUUGAAGAUCUGAUCUUUGUGCAAAUAUUGAGCAAUACUUUAUAAGUUGAUGCUAGACGCCGAAACAAG